UGGAUAAUAAUAGAGAAGUGGGUAAUAUAGAAGUGAGUAAUAAUAGAGAAGUGGAUAAUAUAGAAGUAGAUAAUAAUAGAGAAGUGGAAGCAGGAAAAGUGGACAAUAUAGAAGCAGGAAAGUGGGUUAAUAUAGAAACGGGAAAAAUGAGUAAUAUAGAAGUGAAUAAUAAUAGAGAAGUGGGUAAUAUAGAAAUAGGAAAAGUGGAUAAUAUAGAAGUGAAAAAAUAUAGAAAUAGGAAAAGGGAUAAUAUUGAAGUGAAUAAUAAUAAUAAAAAAGUGGGUAAUAUAGAAGUGGGUAAUAAUAGAGAAAUGGGUAAUAUAGAGAUGGGAAAAGUGGGUAAUAUAGAAGUGAAAAAAAACAGGAAAAGUGAUAAUAUUGAAGUAGGUAAUAAUAGAAAAGUGGGUAAUAUAAAAGUGGGCAAUAAUAGAGAAGUAGAUAAUAUAAAGAUGGGAAAAUUAGAAGUGGGAAAAGUGAGUAAUAUAGAAGUGGAAAAGUGGGUUAAUAUAGAAAUGGGAAAAGUGAGUAACAUAGAAAUAGGAGAGGUGGAUAAUAUAGAAACAGAAGAA